CUCUACAUCGUUUUGAAAGGUGUAAAUCUCUCCCGCGAAGGUACCCUGAGCCUGAUGCUGAUCUACCUGGAAUGCAUGGACAACAUCCACGCAGUGGACCUCGAGACCCUCGGCGCGCGGGCCUUCUCCACGACCGCGAGUUCCCGUCUCUACAACACUAUCAGCCUCCAGGCCAUCCUCGAGUCCCCCAACCGCACCAAGGUCUUCUUCGAGGUGUGGAAUGGCUCGGACGCGCUGUUCAGUCAGUUCCAGAUUCGCCUCCAGCGCGUUGCUGACCUCCAGCUGAUGCAGCACGCCGCCUCCGAGGGCUGGCGGCGCGACAACAGUCGGGUGACCAAUCUCGCGGCGUGCAUCAAGGAUGACGCCGGGCUAACCGAGCCCGAGGCGCGCCGCUGGCGGGCCGAGAAAGAACGCGGCCGCUCCAACUGCUUUUAUCUCGGCCGCGACGGAGACAGCCACAUCCUGCGUCGCCGGCCGCUGGACAACGACUUCCUCAACUACUGCUCGGCGGAUAUCGCUCACUUCGCCAAGCUCGACCGCCAGUAUCGGCGCCAGCUGGACGAGUUCUGGAAGUGGGUGGUGGAGCGGGAGGCGCAAGCCCGGGUCGUCGAGUCCCAGCAGCCCAGGUUU